UGCUGCACUUUUUCCAAAGAUGGUGGUCGCACGUAGCGAAUCGCUGUGAAUCACUCGCGCGACAGACGAAGAGAGAUAGAGAAAGAGGUUGUAAAUGACUGUCAACAAGUUAGCGAGAUUUCGCAGAUAAACGGGCGAUUCGAAUCGAAUCGAUUCGUUUAAUCUACUCUAUUUUUUCCCCUCUUUAAUGUAAGCGCGACGCGUCCAGAAGAAAUAAAUACGCGAAGACGAGGUGUGUCGAGUGUCAGAGUCGGAGCACCGAGUGGAGCGGAACUGUCAACGAAAACAAGUCUUUUAACCGCUCGUUCGGAAAGAUACAGACUUUGAUGAAUGUCUGAGAGUGAUUACGAUUCCGCGAACGAGUACACAAGCCUGAUGGACGGUCACGUCGCGGAGUCUCGCACGGACGACCUGAUCCUGGGCAAUGACCGUCUAAGAAAGAGCCGCUCUAGAAACGUCAAUGAAGAAGUGGAGAAUGGGGUUCCCGAGGUACAUAUUGAAGCACCAGGCACGACUGUCGCUCGAUCGAAUAGACGAGGUGCGUCCAGUAGCAAUAAUCAAAACAGACGGAGACGUCUCAACAGAGACGAGGAAGAGGAAGAGUUAAAGUAUGGUGCGGCACAUGUGAUCAAACUCUUUGUCCCCGUUUCGCUAUGUAUGCUGGUUGUAGUGGCUACUAUUAGUUCAGUGCACUUCUAUACAACUAAAGGAAUGUACUUAGUAUACACUCCAUUUCAUGAGGAAAGUUCUGAUACGAGUACCAAAGUGUGGCAGGCAUUUGCCAAUUCGUUGAUUCUCAUGAGCGUCAUUGUAUUUAUGACUGUGAUACUUAUCAUUCUUUAUAAAUACAGAUUUUAUAAAGUCAUACAUGGUUGGCUGAUUAUAAGCUCUUUACUGUUGCUUUCAAUGUUUUCGAUGCUGUAUUGCGAACAGGUAUUGAAAGCUUAUAACAUUCCAAUGGAUAUAUUCACACUAUGUAUAGGCUUAUGGAAUUUUGGUGUAGUAGGAAUGAUUUGUAUUCAUUGGCAAGGACCUUUGCAACUUCAGCAAGCAUAUUUAAUCUUUAUUUCCGCCUUAAUGGCGCUCGUUUUUAUCAAGUAUUUACCCGAAUGGACGGCAUGGGUCGUGCUCGGUGUUAUAAGUAUCUGGGAUUUAAUCGCGGUUCUAACACCGAAAGGCCCUUUGAGAAUACUCGUCGAAACAGCGCAAGAACGAAACGAAUCCAUUUUCCCCGCUCUAAUAUACUCUUCCACCAUCUUAUAUUCGUUUACUGUGACUUAUGCUGGAUAUGUACAAGCGGCCACGAUGGCAUCUGAAGAUACAGCGGCGUCUCCCACACGCAGUCAGGCGGACAAUCAAAAUAAUCCUACAUCCAAUGAAACGGAAGAAGGAGGUUUCACCCCCGAAUGGGUAGAGACACAUGGUGAACGUAGCGCGAGACGCGCUCAAGAAGUGAGCGAAAACUCGUCCACGGUGAGGGAAGGUGCGCGACAUCGCGAAACUUGUCCACGAUACUCGCAGGGAGGACAAGCAGGAGGAGCGGUUACCGAGGAAGAGCGCGGAGUUAAACUAGGUCUUGGCGACUUUAUAUUCUACAGCGUGCUUGUCGGAAAAGCGUCCAGUUACGGGGACUGGAACACUACCUUGGCUUGCUUUGUCGCUAUUCUUAUUGGCCUGUGUUUGACGUUGCUGUUGCUGGCCAUAUUCAAGAAAGCGCUACCUGCGUUGCCAAUUUCUAUAACUUUUGGUUUGACAUUUUACUUUGCCACGAGGGUCAUUGUCGCGCCGUUUGCGGAUAGUUUAGCGAGCGAACAAGUGUUCAUUUAAAACUUUAGGUAUGAUAUAUUUUAUCUUAUUUAGUAUAAUUUAUUGUACGAUUAUUUUUCGUGAGGGGACAAUGCCGAUUAACUCGCCCGUUUGGUAUCUGUCGCGUUACGUUUAGUUCCUGUAUUUUUUAUAAUUUGGUCUUUUUUUCUAAUUUAUUUAAGUAAACUUUUCUUUAGAGACUGACUCCUCUGAACCAAAACGUACCUUCCUACAUUUUUUAAUAAUCGAAUAUAUUUCUCAAAGAAUCAUAUAUUAUAUAUAAUGCUCAGAAAAGAAGAAAUAAUUUAAAUUUGUAAUAUAGAAGUAAGAGAUAUAGAAUAUAGAGAAAAUGAUAGAAGGAAGGUAAUUACUUAGUAUUUUUCUAUGCGAAGCAAGUUCACGAGACGCGCUACGUUGUGGAAUUAAGCGGUUUGUCACUAUACCUACGCAGAUAUGUGAUACACAAGCGGGAGAAAAAAUGCGCUGCAUUAUAACAAUUUAUUGUACUCCGUUUGUUACAUUUACAGAACAUACAAAUAUCUCGUAGUCUGUCGAGUAUAAAAAAGAAAAAGAAAGAAAAGCGGAUGACGAUCGCGAUAUAAAUUGUAAUGUGAGGUAAUGUCUCCGUUCGAAUAAGUAAUAACUGCCUCGUUAUAUACAUCUUGAUUAAUAUGCAAUACGCACCUCUCAAUGGUGCUGUGCGCUCUAGAGCGCGCCGAGUUCACUAUUAACUAAUUAUAUUAGCCAGAGUGAUGAUCCCCAUCGGGUUUCCACGAGUCCAGUUACACAUACACACAGCCAUGGAAUAAAUACUUUUUAUCAUACUACGGAAAAGCAUUUAUUGUGUGGCGCUUCGAGCUAGCUUAGAAAUUUUUAUUUUAACGUAUUAAAUCAUUGCAUCUUUUCAAAGUUGAAAGUGUUACUUUUCUUUAUAUCCGAUACCGAAUACAAGGAGAAAUGUUCUGACUAUGUAACGAAGAAGCAAUUUUAUGCAUUAUUUCAAAGUUUCGCAUAUAUAAAGUUGUUGUUUUCUUUUAUACAUAUAUAUAAUUUUUAAUACUUUUAAUUGCGCGCUCUGAUCAAUUCGAAUCCGAUCAAUCGUCAUUCACAGCAAUGCGGCAACAAUUUCCUAAAAUCAAUAAUUAUUAAAAACUUUGGUUUAAUUAUUAAUAUUCAAAUAAAUGCUGAUACCUGCAUAACGAUUCCAACUUUAACGAUGAUCUGUUAAUUCCUUGCACUAUACACAUUUAUAUAUAUGUAACAUAUAUACUAUAUAUACUAUAUAUAUCUCUUCUCAGAACCGGAAGAACUUUAACAGCGAUAUGAUGUCUCUGUUAAUGCUUGUAAUACAUUGCUAACUUUACAAGCUGAUAAUUAUUAUCCUAAUGAAAAGUUCUUUCAAUUCAUUAGUAGUUUCUUUGCUAUUUCGAAUUACACAUACAAAAUGUUACUCGAUGCACAAAGUGAAUUUUGGAUUAUACCGAGCCAACUACUGAAAAGUGUUAUGGUCGCUGUUAAAUUCGUUAUGUAAUUUACAAUAAUCUUUGUGCUUUGUAAACGUAACUAGGAAUCAUAUAUAACGACUACAAGAUUUCUGACUACAAUAUCGAAGGAAGGUACACUUUGUGAAUUCUAUCGGGAGAAAGACAUUAGGAAAAUAUCUGUAAAGGAAAAAAUAAGUCAUGCUAUGAUGCGAUAUGUUUCGCCUCGCCCAUAGAUGAUUUUCUCUCUUUCUCUCUGUCUCAUAAAGAAUAUAUGACGUUGCUCUUCCGUUAA